AUGGUACAGGUCGCUCUCAUUGUUGGCGGCACCAGCGGGAUCGGCUUCUCCGUCGCCGAAGCCAUCGCCCAACGGGGCUGGCAAAUAAACAUCGUUGGUAUGCGCGAAGAAAAAGGGCAAAAAGCAGCCUCCGCCCUUGCCAACGCGAAAUUUCACAAAGCCAACGUGAGCGACUACGACGAGCUAGCGAGGGUCUUCCACGCUGUCUUCAACAGCUUUAAACGCCUCGACUUUGUCUUUGCGAAUGCCGGUAUUCCGGAAUUCGUGGAUCUUUUCGCGCCGCGCAAUGAUGAUGAGAUUCCGCCCAAGCCCGGGUUGGAUUUACUCGAUAUAAAUUUGAAUGGCGCGCUCUAUACGAGUUACCUUGCUGUGCAUUAUUUCCGCCGGUCGCCUGAGCACACGAGGGGAAAUCGGAAUUUGAUUAUUACUUCUAGUAUUGGUGGUCUAUAUCCUUGUAUGCUUUCACCUGUUUAUUCUGGGUCAAAACAUGCCCUGAUCGGAUUCGUCCGCUCUAUCGGAGACCGUCUUUUCAAAGAGGGUAUCCGGGUAACCACAAUUUGCCCCGGGGUUGUCAAGACUCCUCUUCUGAAUGAAGAGCUUUUGUCAUACUUCCCUGAAGACGUCCUUAUUCCCAUUGAAGCUGUUACGGAUGUCACGAUGAAAACUCUUGCUGGUGGAGACUUGAUCGAUAGCAAGGGGAACCAAGUGCCGGCGGACAAAUUCCAUUCGCAGGUUUUGCAUAUUACUGGGCAGGGCUUCUAUUUUAUUGAUCAGCCGCCUAUUCAUGAUCAGGAGGCGAGGUCUACAUGGAAUGCUAUGAUGGGGUGGCGUUGA